AGAAUCAGCUAGGGCCUAGGCGCAUGCAGGCAGGCCUGUACUGUAUAGAUAUAGAUUUCAUCUCUUAUAUUCAAAGAAGGAGUGAAAUAGGGGCUCCUAUAUAUCCCCGGUAUAUACAUCCAAUAAAACCAUGACCGACGCCGUCUUUUGUGACUCGAUGUUUCCUCUUUUCUGAUGAUCGAAUCAAAAAUCAAAUCGAAUCAAAAUGAUUUUGUGGUUGGACCCGGAAGUUAUAUUUCCUCAAUCGAUGACCCAGCUGGCGCAGGCUAGCUAGCUAGCUAGGCUAGGCAGGCACGGUGACAUCAUUUACACGCGAAAAGUCUGAGUUACAUCUAUUCUGUGCGAGUUAAAUCCAGCUUUUUCAUGAAAGUUGAACAUUAAUAUCAACAUGGUUUGUGGAGGGUUUUCAUGUAGUAAAAACGCGCUUAUUGCGCUGAACAGUCUUUACAUUAUUGUUGCACUCAUUUUAAUUAUCGUCCCAUCGUUAGCCAAAUCAGGAUCCUAUGUUUCCAGUCUGUAUAUCAUCGGUGGUAUCAUAGCCUGUGGAAUUUUCUUAUUCAUCGUAGCAGUAGCAGGGCUCAUUGGAGCCAUCAAACAUCAUCAAGUCUGUCUUUUCUUUUACAUGCUUAUUCUGUUCCUGGUCUUCCUAAUUCAGUUCUCUGUAUCCAUAGCAGCCCUGGCCUGCGGGGAGGAGCAGCGAGAAAAGCUUGUCAGACUCUCGUGGGAGCACUCAAGCAAUGACACAAAAACAGACAUUCAGCAGAGCUUCUGCUGCUGUGGCUUUGAUAAAAAUGACACCAGUCAUCCCACCUGCCCAAAAGCACUCAAGAAUGAAGUGAAAUGUGAAGACCAAUUUUGCCAGCAAAAGAUGGAUGAAGGUUAUGCACAAGGAUUAAAAAUAUCAGGAGCAGUAGGUCUUUUCUUCAGUUUAACAGAGCUGAUAGGGGUGUGGUUAGCUGUUAGGUUCAGGAAUCAGAAGGACCCCCGGGCCAACCCCAGCGCCUUCCUGUAACGGAGGAUCUUGCCUGCUCACCUAUUCCUGUUGCUCUUCGCUUGCUUCGCUAAAUCAAACAAUUCGUUGGAUGUGUUGUGACGUACCGAUUUCGGAACCAAAAGGAUCCAAGGGCCAACCCCAAUGCAUUUCUCUGAUUAAAAAAAAAACAGCUCGAAAUCAUCCUAGAUCACACAAUUUUAGAUUCUUUUUUAAAUCCAUUAUUUUACAUUGAUUUGCACAGUGUUGCGGAUCAUUUUUUAGUAUGAAAAGAUUGAGACGUGCUAUAUAAGUCAAAGUAAAAUUGUUCAUUACAUAGUUUUUAUAUCAUUAAUGAUUACUGGCAAUUUGUAACAGGUUUUUAUUAUACAAUUUUUCUAUAUUCCUAAAACGUUGCUUUCCUUUUGAUCUGCAAAGUAGCUACUAAUUGAUUUCUGUUUUUCUUUGACAUCCGCUGCCGUCGAAACGUCCUUCAUGUAUAAGAUAUGAUUCUUGUUAUUUUAGUAUUCUCUUAACGUCAACAUUUUAAUUUUUGGAAAGUAGGUACAUAAUUGUAACUUCCUUCACUUAUGGCUUCAGAAUUAAAUUUCCUUCUAAAAUAGGGAAAUAUAUUCUGAAAGAUUGGUUGAGUAUAGGGGAUUAUUUCUAACCAAUACCAGGGUAAUGUAACACAAAGCUUAGCGUUUAAUUAUGCACUUUGAUUUUGAUCGUAAAAAAAAUGUUCUUCAAUGAUUGCUAAGCCUUAUGUUUCGGGUCCCACAUCAUGGUUUCUAAUAUUUUUUUAUUUCCAGCCUUGCCGAAGUUGCCAGUUAAGGGCCGUCUGCACCAUCCCGAGUUUUCAAAUUAGCGCGCUAUUUCUGAUCCGGCAAAUUAUCCCGAUCUGAACAAUCUCAAAAUUAUUUGUAAUGGAGACGCAAUUGUCGCACUAGUUCGCUGGAUUAAUCUCGAGAUUAAGUUAACUUCGGAUUUUUUGCAAAAUAGCACGCUAUUUAGGAAUUAUCCCGCUAAUUCGCAGAUGCAGACGCACUCGGGAUUAUUCAUUCACGGCGUCAGACCAUAAUGCAUCGAUGCCUCGCUCGAGCAGGAAUCGCUCUUCUUGCGAUGGUGGAGACAGGAUUUCUUGAAUCUCGAGAUUAAUCGCGAAGAGGGCCGAUCGGGCUAAAAUCUCGAGAUUGAGCAGCACCGCCUUUAGAGACCUUCAAUUCCUCUGGCCUGUUGAGAGUAGAAGGAAAAAUUUUCCACCCAAAGAACAUGAAUAGGGUGCUAUAUUAUUUCAUAUGUUCAUUACUCCAAAAUAUGCUUAUUGCUUAAACCAUGACAUUGGUUUGUCCGAAAAAUAAAAAAUGCUUUGUGAGUACCAAAAUGCUAGAUAACAAACCUUAUAAAUAAAUUUCGAAUCAACAAUUCUUCAAAUUUACAGAGCUUCUUUCGUUUGGUGAAGCGAAGUUCGGAAUAUCAAACCUUAAUUCAAAUGUUUGGAUUAAUGAACCUUUAGAAUUAUAACCUGUAGCCCUCAUCAGAUUUAGGAAUGCUUGGCCAACUUGCUUUGUGUAGGUAAACUGAAUCAAAAGAAAGCAAAUUAGAAUGUCAGGAUAUAAAGGACAUCUGUGGCUUAAAUUAAUAUACAAUUGAAUUUUCUUUCUUUCUUUUUUUUUUUGCUAUCUAGACCAAUUUAUCAAUGUUAUGUGGCAAUAUAAGAUGUGUAGAUUUUUUUCAAUAAAAUGUUUAAUUGGACUGUACAUAAUUCUUUGGUAAAUUAGAGAUGUUGGUUAAGAAAAUAUGGUAUUUAUUUCUUGUAAUUUGGGUGUAUUCUAUCAGUGUAUUAUUCAACAUUGUAUUUAAGUGGGUGCUGAGAUGGUAUCAGACAGUUUUCGGAACUGUACUCCUUUUAAAACCAAGAAGGAAUAAGAAUGUACUUUGCUUGUUGUCACACUGCAAAAACUUCGGUGUUGAUUUACCACUACCCCAUUAUCUAUAUAUGUCCACACCAGAGAAGUGUUAAACAACACCAGUUUGGUUUUGGUCUAACACCAGAUGUUUAUAUGACACCAAUUAGUAUUAAAACAGCAUCGGUUUGAUUCCAAACUGGUGUUGUUUCAAUACUUCUCUGGUGUGGACAUAUAUAGAUUCCGGGCUGAGAAACCAGAGUUUUUGCAGUGCAGGUUUUAUACUACCAGAAAACAAGAUGUUAUGAUAAAUGUUUUGAUGUUAAUUUAAGAUGGGUAUUUGGUAUGGUAAAUUGAUAGGAGAAUUUAUUGUCUAUCAUUGCUAAUAGAAUACAAGUGUCAUGAAUGAUGAUAUAGAAGUUUGGGUUCGUAUUUAGUCUACUAAUUGGUUGUAAAAGUCAACUGUAUGGAUGGAUACAAACUAUCAUCAUGUACCAAGAUGUUAUAAAGUUGAGAAUAAAUGUGCAAAUUGUUUUUUCUUUUUUUAUACCAAUUUACUUUCAUAUUCAAAUCGAAGAUAAUUUAUUUUAGGGACCUCGUCAUGUGCAUACGAUAUGGGCGUAUCCAGGAAUGCAUAAAAGAGGGGGCACAAAAAAUGUGACUUUUUUGGGGGGUCACUUCCUUAAAAAAAAUUGAUAUUUUCUUCAUGAUUUUUCUGACAAGCAAAAUGUUCGAAUUUGAAUAUAUUAGUAAGUCCAUUUUUUAUUGCAAGUUCAAUAUCAAAAUAAUUGUUUAAUUUAUGAAAGUGGUAUUUAGAUUCUAGGCCACCUUUAUUUUUUUUUCUUUUUGACAAAAUUCCAUAUCUGGCUUGAAUAUGAAAUGAAAAUGAUGAUAGUAAUGAAUGGGGUAUAGUAAUGAAGGCCUGUUCUUAGGAAUAGCAAAAUCCCAUUUGAUCUUUUCUUGGAUAAAGGUGUGUGUAGAGUUGUGGGGGGGGGGGGCAUAAGUCUUCUUCAGUAACGAUGAAUAAUAAAAUGACAAUCGAGUAAUACUAUCAAAUCUAUUCAUAUCUCAUUAUGAAUGAAUAUCAAUUUCAGAUUUAGAUUUGCCUUCCGUAUACCAUUGUAUUAUCUUCGGUUUCUUAUAUUACAGUACCAGUCACCAUUCUUUGAAUCACUAUUCCCUGUUUCAACCAGAGAACAAUAGAUUUGGUCUUAUUAUUCUCUGGCCGAAACAGGUAAUAGUGAGUCAAAGAAUUGUAACUAGUAGUCUAUGUGUGAGAUGAUUGUCAACCUCUUGUCUUUAUUUGGUUUUGAGCUGGUUAGAAUUCAUGUGAAUAUUUUAUGACAUGGCUGCUGGAUGUUAGAUACGCUCUUGAAAUUUUAGGAAAGGGUUGUUGAUUUUUUUAUUCCUAGGCUAUGUACAUGGAUGUUACUUGUAGAUUUAAGGCUUCUCUUCAAACAAAAUGCAUUGGUUUAGUCCAUAGUUUAUGCAUGAACUCUUUUUUCUUGUCAUUCAAGUGAGUUGACUAUACAUUGAUCACCACCUUUCAAUCUAUAAAAAAAAAAUGCUACAUGAUCUUCCUUAAUUAUUUUGUCCUCUUUUUUGCGGGGCAAUUUUCGAAAUAUGAAUCCUAAAAUCUAUUUAAAAAAUAAUAAAUCAUCUUCAGUGCAAACUGUCAACUGAACAUCAAUAUUUAGCAUUCUGUAAAAAAAAACUUUUUGUCAUUUUUCACAAAUUUUGUGCAUCUUCAAUUCAUGUAGUUGUGGAUCUGAAUGAUAUUUCAUUUAUAUUAAUGGAAUAGGAAGUGCAUAAAUGAUUUGUUGCUAGAUCAGGCAUUUCUUGAAUUACCACACAUUGGUACACAUCACAUCAUGCAACUUCUGAAUUGAGAAAUACAUUCAUAACAGAUGUUCAUACCAAACAAUGCAUUACAAAGUCACUCGUGAAAAUAAUAUUUCAGAGUUUUUUAAUUGCAUUCUUUUUUGUUUCCAGAGUUAAAUUUGACAGAGGAAGGCUUCACCUGGGUGAAUCUGAAUGACUUUGAAAUGUAUGGCUAUUUAUGUGAAGUUAAAUUUGACCCAGAACAUCGUCAAAUAAGAAUUGACUCUACUCUGAGUCAAAUUAACGGUUUGAAUUAGCCAAUUUGAGUAGGAAAAGAAUUGACUCGCAGCAUUUUGAGUCAAAUUUUGACUCAGCAAAUAUGAGAGUGUAAUAGUUUUUUCAAGUUAAAAAAAGACUUGGUGAUUUGUGUGUUUCUGCUUUAUUUAUGAACCAAUGCUUUACCCUACAUUCUCUCUAUAUAUAUUUAAUCAUUUUCAAUAACCUUCGUACAUUCCUUCCUAGUCUAUGUGUAUGUUUAAUGUAGCACAAGCAUUUAUGACACACCCCUAAAUGGAAUGGACUAUGCCACCUGAUUGUAUGGUGUGUUAUUUAAUUUAAGGUGUGAUAGGUAUGUUCCAUUCUCUCUGGAGGGUUGAUCUUGACUUUUGCCAUUUACAUAUGAAUAUUAAAUUGAUAUUGAAUUUCA